UUAAAGAAAAGAUGAGCGACAAAGCAAGAAUUAUCUUACUUGCCUGGUUUUUGGUGUUUUUUACCUGUUCAGGUAAAGAAAUACCAGACAACAUGGGGAAAGAUUUCAUCCUUGGAUUCAUGGAAGCAUCAAAUGCCCUUACUGGAGAUUCUUCACGAAUCCCGUUAAAAUUAUUUAUAACGACUUCCAGUCUUGGUACAGUUAGCGUUUCAAUAUCAGCUCCAUUUGCGAAAGAUACUUACCCUGGAGAAAACAUAACAGUGACAAAAGGGGUUGUUAGACAGGUCAAACUGCCAAAGUCUCUCAGAGUUCUAGGAACAAAACGAUCCCAUAAAGCUGUCCAUAUCAAUUCAUCGGAUGAAAUUGUGGUUUUCGGCGUUAACGGCGCCGACUUUUCAACAGACGGAUUCCUUGGAAUUCCAGUUGAUGUUUUAGGAGCACAGUACUUUGUGCCUUCCUUUUAUUCGAAUAGUCAAAGAUUCUAUAAAUCUGCAAUUGUAAUCGUAGGCACAAAAGACAGAACCUCACUGCAAAUUAAGAUUAAGUCAACAAAUGGUGGGAUAAUCAUUCUUGAGAAUAAAAGGUAUGGGAAUAAUGACUGGCUUAAUACCACUAUCAGUAGGUUUGAGGUAUUACAACUCCAAUGUCGAAGUGACCUAACAGGAACCUUUGUUCAAUCAUCACAGAAAAUAUCUGUUUUUGGAGGAUCAACUGUAACAAACAUUGGAACAGGAACAUCAAGGGAUCACAUCGAGGAGCAAAUACCUCCAGUGAAUGUUUGGGGUAAACGUUUUGCAAUGAGUCCUGUUCCUCAUACAAACCCUAAUGUCAUCAGAGUUUUGGCAAGUGAAGAUGACACUAUGAUUACGAUAAACAAUCAUGGGAUACACACAUUACAAUCUGGACAGUUUUACGAAACAAAAGUUUCAAGUGCUGACUUUAUUUCAUCCAAUAAACCUGUGUUGACAGUUCAGUAUGUUCCUAGUGCAUAUGAUGGACAAAAUGGCGAUCCUGCUAUGACUCUUGUUCCACCAAUUGAGCAAAGCAAUGUCUUUUACUCUUUCUUGACACCAAAAUCAUCCCAAAACGAAAACUUUGAGAACACGUUUAAUUUCUUAAUGGAAGGUCUGUCCUACAAGGGUUUAGUUCUUGAUGAUAAGCUCCUCCGACGGGAAGAUUUUUUCAGUGUCGCUCAAAUAAACAAUAUAUCAACCGGUUAUAUUAAGAUCCCACAUGGCAGUCACACUUUGAGACAUUCAUCGGGAACAUUACCAUUUGGCGGCAUUUUAUAUGGUGGAGCUAAAUAUGAAUCCUACGCUUUUCCCGUUGGUCAAAGAUUCACACCAAUCAAUCAGGAAUGUCAGCCUCAACCUGUGGUAGUUGGCGAUGGUUUAGACAAUGAUUGUGAUGGGCGAGUGGAUGAGGAGAUAUGCAAUGAUAAUAAAGACAAUGAUGGAGAUGGAAAAGAAAACGAAGAUUGUGUCACAGAACUCAGAACGACAACAAUUGCAACAACGAAGCUAACAACAACAUCCACAAGUUCAACAGCCAGACCAGCUACACAAACUACGCCAACUAUAUUAUCGACACGGACGACGACAACAAAACAACCAACGACAGAGAAAGGUACGACUAAAAUUGCAACAACGAAACUAAUAACAACAUCCACAAGUUCAAUAGGCAGACCAACAACAUCAACUACACAGACAACGACAACAAAACAACCGACAACAAGGAGAGAAAUGAACAUGGAAGAGAGAAGACCCCAGUGGUUCACUUUGACGGAGAUCGGAAUAAUCAGUGGCGUGUCUAUCGUUGUAUUGGGUGCCAUUGGGAUGUGCUGUAAGAAAUGCUGGGGUCUUCUCAAAGACCGGGAUGAUGAUGACGAUGAAGACGAAAAACGAUAUAGACGAAAGAGAAGGAGUACGACCAAGCUGCCUAUCGGAGCCCCUAGUAUUCGACCAAUGUAUAUGUAGAUUUCAACCUAUUUAAAACAGAAGUAAAGCUCUUUUUAUUCCGUAGGGAUUCGACGUACAUUUUUUUAAAGAUGUGAUGACUUUUUUUAUUAUUGUAUCUUAUGUUAAAUUGCAUUCUAAAAUAAAUUUAUGGGUUUUUAUUAUUUGAUAAUUCUAGCUUAGAGGCCAUGAAUGUGGAAUUGAAUCGCUUUUCAAACGUCAAAAGUUCGUUGAUACAUUGGAUUAAACAUAUGAGUUUCAUCUUUGGUAAAUCAGUGGUUUUUUAUAGACCAUUGCAAUCUGGAUAGUUACUAUUUAACGACAGCAUUAAUUUUUGUCAAGCCUUGAUGUGAAAAGUCAGAUUUUUUUUGCUCAGAGUCGUAGACGUCAUAAAGACGUUCAAUAAGUUUGCCGUGUCAAUAUUUUGAAAAAAAUGUUUUUGUAAGUAACAAACAACAGUUGAUUUAGUUUAUUUAAGCAGAGAAUUGUGAACCGAAAUAAAGAGAAUCAUCCGACUUCACUAAACUGUACACGACGUAUUGCUACCACAUAUCAACUAAUUUACAAGAUCGUACAAACACUGUGUGCGUGAUGGGUAUAGCGUUAUAAUGAGUCAAAUCAUCUUGUAAAUGUUUAUGCAAGUUUAAUUUUUUUCCAGGAUUAAAAAGUUGUCAAUGAUCAUAAAAUUUGUGUUAUACGCCAUCGCAUUCGGUCUUUCUACCCAACAUUUGAGAGAAAUCACUGGUUUCCUUUCAGACACUUAUAGCUGAUUAAAUGUAAACAAUCUUACAACAGAAUUCUGUUAUUGAAUUUAUUAUCUGUUACUUGCUGCAAUCUAUUCAUGAUUUAAAAAAUAUUCCUUGGGCUGAUUCUUUUUACAAGCCUCUUGACCCAUGUUUCAUCGAUUAACAAUACAUUCCAGUUUUUGACGAGAGAUAAUUCAUACAUUGAUUAUAUGUCUAAAUCAUACAUCUAUUAUUUUUCUGUUUUGCUAUAAGUAACUAUCUGGCACAAAGCCUUAUCAAGAAGUAAACAUAAAGACAAUUCAAUUUCUAUAACGUUGAUAAAUCCAACGGGCCAGGCUGCAAUUUAGAAAGAUCCUAGCCAAGAAAAAAAAAACAAAACAUUUAAUCACCCUCAGCUAAGAUUGAUCCAUCGUUUGAAUAAUACUCAUAAUAUUGAAACUAGUUUAGAUUCUUGGAUUUUUCUAAAAAUGCCAUUUUAAUAAUUGUAUUGAUUAUCAUAGGAAUAAAUCAGGUGAUUUUGCAUUCAAUUUAUA